AUGGUUCUCGUACUGGGCUUUAGCCUGUUGGCUACUCUGCUGGCCAGCUCGGCCGACACCGUUCUGGAGUGUCCGGCCAACUCGGACCACGGUACGGUGCAUCUGGCCCACCCGACGGACUGUCAACGGUACUUCACGUGCGUCGGAGCACGGAAGGUUGAGCAGCGCUGCCCGGCCGGGUUCGAGUGGAACGUGCUCGAGUCGUCCUGCGACCGGCCGGAGUUGGCCAAGUGUUCCCCGGCUGGCGGUGCGGUGGCGCAGGAUCGGCGACCGGGUGGCGAUCUGGUCAGCAAGUGUCCGGCCCAGUUGACCCGCUGCCCACUGGACGCGGACCCGGCGAAGGAGGUGAUCUUCUUGCCGCACCGGGACUGCCGCAAGUUCUACGCCUGCGUCUCGACCGUACCGACCGAGCUGAGCUGCCCGAAGCGGUUGUACUGGAACCACGAGUCCUGUCGGUGCGACUACGAACGGCCGGCCGGGAAGGAGUGUGACCCGGACGCUUCGAAGGGUGGGGCUCGCGCUCGAGUGCGCCGAUCGGACGAUGACGGUACCACGACGACCGAGGCACCAAUCCAGAAUGGCGCAAACCUUCGAUGCUUUUCUUCCGUGGCGAUCCUACUUGGAACGCUGCUAUUAAAUCUGGACUUCUGAGAGCGACC